ACAGUUAGUGCGCGAGGCAGCAAGUGCAUUGGAAUCUGCCGAAAGCAAACUGCGAAGUGAGGAACGAGAGAGAGAAAAUGAAGUUCCUGCACACGUGGAUUAAUUUAUACCACUGUAGUUAUUUUAAAUAGAUUCUGCUGGUCGGACGGCAUUAAAGCUAAAUCAUAAACGUUUGAUGAGUUUGAGACUAGUGGAGCAGCUUUCUAUGCUCGCGCACACAAACAAAUGACUGAAAACAACCCGCAGGACGUGCCGAGACGUAUCGACAGAGAACGGACAAAUGACAUGGGAACAUUUUUAGAAACACCAUUUGUCGUCUAAUUAUACUUUUCGUUAUAACAUUAUGACACAAGUUAAAAUGGUUGGAUAUCAAAGACGCUAGCAAGCUAUAUUUUGAACGUUGCGAUAGAAGAUAAUUUGUAAACGGCACCACCCGACCACCCCUCCCUCCAGAAUAAAACCAUAACAUAUCAUAUGCUCAUAUUGAGGAAUAUGCGGCGUUAAAACAUUUGACACGUCAUAAAACCGUAUAGGAAUAUUUUAGUCUCUACCAAAAGCAGCUUCCUCAUUAUCUACAGAACUGUCAACAGAGCUAGCAGCAGUUUGUCGCUUUGUUUACCUCGCUGCUGGAGCUAGCUAGCUAACGUUUAGAGCAGGCUGCACAGUUGGAUGGAUAGCGUUAGCUAACCUAGCUACCAACUAGACGUGGUGGGUAGUGCUUGCAUCCCCUCUAUAUGACUACCAGCUGUUGCUUGUUGGGACGAGCAAUUUGAAUUGGUCCUGUUUUAUUUGUCUGGCUGUUAAGAAAGCUUCCAAAGAGCGAGUGCAAACGGGGUCGUCCGGUUUUCAGCCUGUCUUCAUUUGUCUUCAUUGCCACUGGGUCACCAUGGCACAGCAGCAGAUGCCAAGUUCUCAGAAGGCACUAAUGCUUGAACUGAAGUCUCUCCAAGAGGAACCAGUGGAGGGUUUCCGCAUCACACCAGUAGAAGAGUCCGACUUGUACAACUGGGAGGUGGCCAUAUUUGGACCCCCCAAUACACUUUACGAGGGAGGAUACUUCAAGGCACACAUUAAGUUUCCAGUUGACUACCCCUACUCUCCACCUACUUUCCGUUUCCUCACAAAGAUGUGGCACCCCAACAUAUAUGAGAAUGGGGAAGUGUGUAUCUCCAUCCUUCACCCCCCUGUUGACGACCCCCAGAGCGGAGAGCUCCCCUCUGAGAGAUGGAACCCCACCCAGAAUGUCAGGACCAUCCUACUGAGUGUGAUCUCUCUGCUGAAUGAGCCCAACACCUUCUCCCCGGCCAAUGUCGAUGCCUCUGUUAUGUUCCGCAAAUGGAGAGAGAGCAAGGGCAAGGACAAAGAGUAUGCCGAGAUCAUCAGGAAGCAGGUAGUGUCCACUAAAGUAGAGGCGGAGCGGGACGGGGUGAAGGUCCCUACCACGCUGGCAGAGUAUUGCAUCCAGACCAAAGUGCCUUCCCACGACAGCAGCUCGGACUUGCUGUACGACGACCUCUACGAUGAUGACAUUGAGGAGGAGGAGGAGGAAGACGACGAUGAUGCAGAGGCAGGGGGUGGGGCUGGGGGCCAGAUGGCCGGAGAGGGGGGGGACUGCUUAAAUGAUGAGGAAGACUCGGGCAAUGAAGAGUCAUGAACUUCCUCCUCUCGCUUUUUAUCCCGCUCCUCCACACACCCUUCCUACCGAGGACUCUGCUGCAGCCUCCUCCUAUCCUUACUUUCUGAUUCCUUACCACGUGCGCAUACACACACACACUCACUCUCUUGCUGGAUCCAUCCCUUCUUGAUGGCUUCCCAUAGCACUUACUUUACCUUGAGAUUUGUUUUAAUCUCUGUCAAACAUGCCAUAUCCUAUUAAGGCGCUCUACACCUGAAGCAGGGAUUCUAACAGUUUUUUAACAGCUGUAUGGGGGUCAGAUUUAUUUAAUGGUUUAUCAUGGCAUUCUUCUUAUUCAGUCAUUUGAGGAGGCAGUUUUAAACAGUUCAACAGAAUCAAAUGCUUUAUAAUGACACCAAUCUGGCAUGUAUGCUGUCUACCAGUGUUGCCAACUAUUUAGUGAGAAUUGCUAUUGGCUGCUUGAUUUGUCGCUAGAGGUCGCUAGAUGAUGUUUUGCUGUUACCAUGACAUUUUCUCCCCUUCUCCCGCUGCACACCCCCUCCCCUUAUGUUUCUCUGCCUGUGUGUGUGGUGUUGCUGUGACUUCUGUUGCAAAGGCAGCUUUUCUCACUUUCAUUUGCGGCAUUAUUGAGUGGGAAAAGUCACUAAAUGGUAUCCAAACUCUGACAACUCUCCAAGGCAGCCUGAAAAGUAGCUGAAUUUGUCGCUAGGCACUUUGACAAAUAAAAGUUGAUGUGGGGGUCUGAAUAUAGCGACUUUAAGUUGGCAACACUGGUCUCUACCCCUUCCCAGGGUUAAAAUACACAUGCCUCUUACAAACUAGUUCCAAUUCCUUUUAAACUAUAUUGUGGUAAACCAAAUCCUAUUCAUAUAUAAAACCACAAUUUAAAUUAACUAAUUUGUUCUUAAGCUGUGGAACAGGGUGGUAAGAUGCACUUAAUUAACAUACCCCUCUCUUACUCUCUCACACAGUCAACAAGAUGAAGACCCUUUAGUAAAAAAAAUAUAUACUAAAUUUAAAUUUCUGUAUUGCCCUGGCAGGGAUCUGAACAUAAAAAGGACACGUUGCAAUUUUUGCUUGGUUCCCCAUGUUUCUCUUUGAGUCAUCCACUCAAUCAAAGAUCAAUAGCAGAUUGGAAGGGUUUGGCACUGACUCCCAACAUGCAUCUCUUUGAGUGGAUUCAUCUCAACAUGCAUAUUUUCAAUCAGAGACCAGAGAGAAGCAAUCUCUGCUCCAACCUCUGAGGUGAAAUGCACCUGAAACUGAUAAAGGGACUCUGAGACAGGAUGCUAAGACACAUGCUUGAUGUCACUUAAACUCUUGUGCUCUCAAACAGAAGAUGCUUCCGAAUAUUGGUACGGUACCAGCGCUGGAUAAUUCCCAUGGGGACUGGAUUGGCGAUGUUUCCGUGGAGACUGAUUUGUAACAACCCAUUCUUUCUAUGCCUAUGGGGGACUUGAACACCAGGGGUGAAAGAGACAAGUGGACAACCCCCCUACCCCUCUCCACCCCACAGAGCGGUGGAGCCAUCAAACUGCUCUGCACAGAAAACGGCACCGAGAGAGGCAACACUGCUGUUUCAAGCAGAUACAAUUUGUUUUGUUUGUAUUUGCUGUAGUCAAUCUCCCGUUCAAUGUUUGAUGAAAACCUCUCUCUUUACCCAGAAACACAGGCAAUGAAUGUUGGAUCACCAUGGGAAGUGUUGGCCAUUCCAUAACACUUUGUUACAGCUAAAGUUUGGGGUGUGUCAUCUUCCUCUACUAAGGGUGUGUAUAAGCAACAGACCUUGGUUCACAUACUAUUUGAAAUCAUUUUAAAUGUCCCAAAAGUGCAAACCCCACUCACUGGACACCCCAGACUGAUGAAAGCAAACUAUUUGAUUUCAAAUAGUAUUUGAACGCAGGUCUGAUGAGCCAGACAUUGAGGUUAAAAAUGCUUGGGUAUAAAGGAGUGAACUCUUUGAGUUCCAAAGUAAAUGUGAUUCAUUAUGUUUUGUUGCCAAAGAGAUUCUCUCCCAGUGCCAGUCACAGGCCCUUGACCCCAGAUAGGUAAUCAUUACAUAGAAAAGUUUGGGAACAAGUAGAGCGCUACAUAACCAUUAUGAUAAUUUAUUAGAUAUUAGUUCUCAAUUGUUUAAUUUUAAAUUAACUUCAAGAAUGGCUUAGAGACUUUGGGCUUGAUUCAAUCAAAUGCACAGGGCAAUAUUUAUGCAGUAGCAUGUAGGCCUAAACAUAGUGGGUAAACAAAGAUAUUGUGUAAAAAUUGCUAGGGAAGGGUGGCUUGGAUCCAGCCCUUGGUGUCUUUCAGCUAAUGUUAAGUGUUUGUUUAGAGUAUAAAAUUCCCAUUUGUUUUUCAUGGUCUAAUUGAACUUAUGUCAUGAACCUUUUCUUUUCAUGGAUGUUCACUGAAGAUAAAAUAAGCUUAUUUUGUGAGUCUUUAACUUUGGGUUGUUUGUUGCACAGUAAAGUCAAAUAAAUACAGAGAGCGCUGUAAA